AUGCCUAAUGGUUUCUUCAGGCUUUGGUCAAUGACCAUGCGCUUCAGUUGGUCUCAGACACGGGCUUCUUGGGCGGAAGCAGAGCAGCUCAAUCCGCCUGUCGCGGACGUGAAAGCGGCUCAUUGCCCCUUGAUCCAGGGGAAGGUGUUGAAUGAGAGUACGGGCCAGUUUCCAACAGCCGACCGAGACGGCCUGCCUGAAAUGUCCCGAGGUUUGGGGUGUCAUUGCGACCUUCUGGAUACGUGGAGUGAUGGCAGCGGGGUUUCCCCGGACACGAUCAGAUUCCCAGAAGGUGAGACAGUAUCCGAACUCCCACGUCUCACCAAGAAAACCGAUGAUUCUGGGGAGCGACUUGGAAGUUGCGAUGCUCACUUGUCGGCCUUGAGUGGAGAGAUUCGCUAUUUGCAAGAUGCUCUUGAUAGAGCCCUUCUGGAGAACAAACAUUUGCGUGCGAUCUUGAAAAGGCAAAAUUUGAUCGUAGAGCCUGAUGAUGAUGCAGAGGCACCCGAAUCUACGGAGCCAUCGAUGAAGGGUGAAUCAGCCAAACGCCUACCCAUGUUGUUGAGAUCGCCAACACCAGGGGGAUUGACAGAGGAUGCACCUGAGGUGCCACAGGGAAACAGGAGAGAUUGGCGUGGAUGUGUGGCGCAAGUGCUGGAAUUUGGUCCGCCUAUUGUCAUAGUACUGAAUUCCAUCACUAUCGCUUUUGACGAUGUCAUUGCAGAUAAGAGCACCAAGAAUCUCAUCGAGUCACUUUUUGCUGGCUUGUAUUUCAUUGAAUUCCUGCUGAAAAUUAAGCUCCUGGGCUGGCGUGGUUACUUCUGGGAGGACAACUGGCAAUGGAAUUGGUUUGAUUUCAUUUGCCUUUUGUGCGCGCUGUUGGAGUUUAUUGCCCUUGUGGUGUCACUUCUUGGCAUGGAAGCUGCAGCCUUCUUGGAUGAUGUCACAGUGGUGAGGGUCUUCCGUUUGGGUCAACUUAUGCGGACGGUGCGUGUGCUGAAGUUCAAGAUGUUCAGUGAGUUGCGGCAAAUCACCAUGGGCAUCAUGAACGGUUGUGAGGUGCUUUUCUGGGCGGUGGUUCUUCUCUUUGCCGUCAUCUAUGUCUUUGGUGUCCUGAUGCGGAACAUUGUUGGAGGUGCCAUGGAUGAGUUCAAGAACAUUCCCAACUCAAUGUUUACCCUCUUCCGUUGUUUCACUGAUGGUUGCUCAGCCUAUGAUGGAGCUCCCUUAGCUGAACGUUUGAGGGAGAUGUAUGGCACACCUUUCACGGUGGGCUAUGUUUGCGUCACCAUGCUGGUUGCCAUUGGCAUUUUCAAUAUGAUUAUGGCAAUUUUCCUUGAAAAUGCUACAACCUCAGCUGCCCAUCGGAAACAAAAGGAACUGGGGGAAAAGGCUGAUGCAACAGAGUUGGCUAUCCGAAAAGCCAUUGUGCAGAUGGUGGACCCUUCUGUCAUGGAGAGGGCUGGAGACCGUGGCACUUUGGGCUCCAGGGUCACCCAAUUUCUGGAUGCCCGAGCCCAGAAAUCCUUCAGAAAGCAGUCGAUGGGACAGAGUGCUGUACUCUUCUGGCGGGCUCAGUAUGAGCUCCUGCAAAACAGUGGCGUCACUGUCGAUCGGAGAACCUUUAUGCAAUGGCUUCAAGAGCCAAAUUUCCUGCAAGUGCUGGAGAAUGCAGAUGUUGAUGUCUCCAAUAAGUUCGACUUGUUUGAUGUUCUUGAUGCUGACAUGGGUGGCAAACUUGAGUUGGACGAGGUUGUUACUGGUCUCAUGAAGCUCCGUGGGCCUGUUUCCAAGAGUGAUUUGGUGGCCAUGAGAUUGCAAGUGCGCCUGUUGACCCAGAAAGUCAUCGCAGAUUGA